AUGUCGAAUUCGGUUGAACAAAGUGAUCAAGAACUGAUGAAACACAUGUGUAAGCUCUGCAACAAGAGCUUCCCGUGUGGUAGAUCCCUGGGAGGUCACAUGAGGUCUCACGUGAUCAAUUCCACUGAUCAUCAUCACAAGAUGAAGCUCUCAUCUCUCAACAACAAUGGUGAAAACUUGAUUGAUAACAACACAUCAGUCACAAAUGUCUCUUCGAAUUCGAAUGAUUUGGGUUAUGAACUGAGAAAAGAUCCCAAAAGAACUCUGAAAGCAAAAAUUUCAAGUGAAGCCCAUAAUGAGAACAAUUCUUUGGUUGUUCUUGAUAAGCUUUGUAAAGAAUGUGGGAAAGGUUUUCAAUCUUGGAAGGCCUUAUUUGGACACAUGAAAUGCCAUUCUGACAAAGUCUCAAACACCAAAACUGCAAUCUUGAAUCAAGAUUCUUCCAUCAGUCAAUCCAAUAACGAGAAUUCAAGUGCGAAAAGCAGUCGGAUGAAGAAAUCAAGAUCAAGAAAUGGAACAACAAAAGGGUGCAUAGUUACUUGUGGUACAACUCCUACUGUUACUACUACUACCACCACCACUACAGAUUCAUCUUCAGUCUCCAUGAAUGCUAACCAUGCUUCAACAAGUGUUGUUUAUGAUAAUGAUCAAGAACAAGAAGCAGAGGUUGCUAUGUGUUUGAUGAUGCUUUCAAGAGAUGUGGGAAAAUGGGGUGAUGGAUUUGAAUGCAAAUCCCCAACUGGUUUUGUUAAGUUGACUAAAGUUCAGAGUAAGAAGCUAACUGGAAAUGGUUGUAAGAUGAAGAAGUUAGCAGAAACUGAAGUUGGUGUUGAUUCUCUUGGAAGAUCUGAGGUGGGUUCUUAUAGUUUGGAGAAAACUAUAAUCAAUCAAGACGAAUUCGAUGAUCAAAACGAGUUUGGUUUCGCAAAAUUUGAAGGUUCAAUCAAGAGAAAGUUUGAUUGUACUGCUUGCAACAAGAGUUUUCACUCUUAUCAAGCACUUGGUGGGCAUAGAGCAAGUCACAAGAAGUUAAAGGGAUGUUUUGAUUCGAAAAACGACCAUAAAAACAAGAUCGAAAGCGAACCCAUCUUAGAUCAUGAUCAAAUGAUCAAUGGGUGUUCUGAAAAAACAUCUGAUCAUCAUCAAUCAACAUCAAGUUUCAAUCUUGUUGGUUCUUUGAAGAACACAAUGGUGGUAGGAGCACAUGAAUGCUCAAUUUGCUUAAGAAUUUUCUCAUCUGGACAAGCUUUGGGGGGUCAUAAAAGAUCACACUUGAUUGCAGAAGCUAAACUGAAUCAACAAAACCUGAAAGUGAUUGAAAAGGUCAAGGAUCCAGUUCACGAAAUCCGAGGUUUUCUUGAUCUAAACAUGCCUCCUGAGCCAGUAGAAGAAGAAGAGCAAGAACAGGAAGAAACAAUGAUGAUGAACACAAGUACCACAGGGUACAAUCCAUGGUGCUACAACCACGAAUCGACACUCCUUGGUUUGCUGUCGACGAGCUAAUAAUCAUACCAGCACUAAUGCAUCAGAUCUUGUCUGAUAUACGGAUUUCAUUGAUUCUUUAGAAAUUUGAUGUAAUUGCUGCUUGACCAACAGUUUAAGUAGCCAACACACUUUGUUAAAA